AUGUCGCGGGCACUCUUAAUCACAGGUGCAACCGGAAAGCAAGGCGGUGCUGUCAUCAAUGCCCUUCUCCAACGGCAACCCUCAGACUUCCUCCUACUCGCUGUAACAAGGAACGCACAAUCUGCUUCAGCACAGCGUCUCGCCGCUAAAUCGAAGAACAUUAAGCUCGUCGAAGGCGAUCUUGACGCGACACCAGCACUCUUCGCUUCCGCUAAGGCUGCUGCUGGAACGGUCCCUCUAUGGGGUGUUUAUUCUGUCCAAGUCCCAGCGAUGAACAGCAAGAAGUCAGACAGUGAAGUCAGACAGGGAAAGGCCCUUGUUGAUGAGUCGAUAAAGGCUGGUGUCCAGCACUUUGUCUAUAGCAGUGUAGAACGUGGCGGCGAUGAGCGGUCGUGGAGCAACCCAACACCGGUACCUCAUUUUAUUACAAAACACCAGAUCGAGCACCAUCUGCGUGAUUCCACAGCAAAUGGAAAGAGCCAAAUGGGAUGGACCAUCCUCCGACCGGUCAUUUUCAUGGACAAUCUGCAGCCUGGAUUCUUCGGCAAAGUGUUCUUCACUUUGUUGCGGGACGUCAUGAAGGACAAGCCGCUGCAGUGGAUUGCGACAAAAGACAUUGGCUUUUUUGGAGCUGAAGCUUUCCAUAACCCAGAAAAGUGGAACAAGAGAGCUAUUGGCUUGGCGUCCGAUGAGCUUACCUAUGCCCAGUUGAGUCAAACCUUCCAGAAAGUGACUGGAGAGCCAGCCGGAACGACGCUAGGUGUGCUUGGCAAGGCACUGAAGCAUGGCGUUUCUGAGGUUGGGGUGAUGGUGGACUGGUUCAAGAACGACGGAUACAAAGCAAAUAUUGCGGAGGUCAAGAAGGUCCAUCCAAACGCAACUACUUUGGAAGACUGGCUGAAAGAAAGCCCAUUUGUUAAGAAGGCUUGA